UAGUCAUUUGAUUCAGGACAUUUUGGAGAUAAAAGGAAGUCAAACAAUACAACGUAGAUUAUUCAAAUAUCAGGGCUGAACAUUAUCCAAUCCACCAAAAAUUUCAUUUUUAUUCAAAAAUGAGAACCUCAAUUUUUCUAGAAAAACAAAAUUGCUUAUGUAUGCUCUUAUGUCACCAUGAAGGCAUCUUGGACCAUUUCUUAUUUAUUAAUUUCCACAAGUUGCAGCCUUGGUUUUCCCAGGAUCACUUUUCAUCUACUCUUAGUUGCUGUUGAGUCCAUGGCCGCCACUCAAGUCGAGCAGCUUCAUUUUGUCGUGUUCCCCUUCAUGGCUCAAGGCCAUAUGACCCCCAUGAUAGACAUAGCUAGAUUAUUGGCACAGCAACGUGUGAUCGUAACCAUUGUUACAACUCCUCAUAACGCAGCCCGAUUUAAGGCAAAUCUUGAUCGUGCCAUAGAAUCAGGGCUGUCAAUCCGUGUAGUUGAAUUUCGGUUCCCAUGUGCAGAAUCAGGAUUGCCAGAAGGGUGUGAGAACUUCGACAUGCUGCCUUCAUUUAGCUUAGCCUUGAAUUUCUUCCAAGCAGCCAACAUGCUAGAAAAGCCAGUACAAAACCUGUUCGAGCAGCUAACGCCACGGCCAAGCUGUAUCAUUUCAGAUGUCUUGUUGUCAUAUACACUCAACAUUGCUAACCAGUUUCAGAUUCCGAGGAUUGUGUUCCAUGGGGUUUGUUGCUUUCUUCUUCUGUGCAUCCACAAUAUACGCAUCUCCAAAAUUGUUGACCACAUAACUUCGGAGACAGAGUAUUUUGUUGUGCCUAACAUGCCCGACAAAGUUGAAUUUACUAAGUCCCAGAUUGCUGAAGUUAUGCAUGAAACCCUCGAGGAAUUUUCGGAGCAAACAAGGAAGACUGAGUUGGCAUCGUAUGGCCAAGUCAUAAAUACGUUUGAAGAGAUGGAGCCAGAAUAUGUCAAGGAAUACAGGAAGGCAAGAGGAAACAAAGUAUGGUGCAUUGGUCCAGUUUCUCUAUGUAACAAGGAUGCCUUGGAUAAGGCUCAAAGAGGCAACAAGGCCUCGGUUGAUGAACACCAAUGCAUGAGAUGGCUUGAUUGUCAAAAACCUGGUUCUGUAAUCUAUGCCUGUCUCGGAAGCCAAUCCAACGUUAUACCCUCACAGUCAAUAGAGCUCGGUUUAGGCUUAGAGGCAUCGGAUAGACCAUUUAUUUGGGUUAUAAGAGGGAGUGAUGCAUCGAACGAAGUAGAGAAGUGGAUUUUAGAGGAUGGUUUUGAGGAAAGAACAAAAGGAAGAGGCCUUGUAAUCCGGGGUUGGGCUCCCCAAAUACUAAUAUUGUCACAUCCUGCAAUCGGAGCAUUCCUAACUCAUUGUGGCUGGAAUUCGACGGUUGAAGGCAUCUCUGCCGGUGUGCCAUUGAUAACUUGGCCGCUAUUUGCAGACCAGUUUGCCAAUGAGAAAUUGGCUGUACAAAUACUUGAAAUUGGAGUGAAGGUUGGAGUGGAGGAGCCUCUGAGGUGGGCAGAAGAAGAGAAAAUAGGAGUGUUGGUGAAGAAGGAAGAUGUUAAAGAGGCUAUAGAAAAGUUGAUGGAUGGAGAGGAAGCAGAAGAGAGAAGAAAAAGAGCCAAGAAACUUGGAGAAAUGGCAAAUAAAGCUGUUGAAAUUGGGGGAUCUUCUCACCACAACAUUACACAAUUAAUCCAAGAUAUCAGGCAAAGAGCUUAUGACAGGAAGCAAACUAGCAGCUGAGAUGAAGAAGCAGCUCAUAUCUCCAUCAUAAAGUUCUUUAGGUUAGUUUUUUCCUUGUCAUCAGCUCCAAAUGCAUGUCCACUUGAUAGUAAGAGACAUAAAGAUAAAUAAAACCGUAUAGACUUCUAAUAAGAGAGAAUUGAUAACAUAUAUCAGACCAAAGUGGCAAGAUGUACAAAAAAUUUGUGGUACUAUCUUUUUUUGGUUGAGCGGAUUUCUGGGUUUCGCUCAAUACAUCCUUUCCCUAAGUCAGUAUAAAUGUGCUU